GGAACUGAUGCUCGAUGCGAUCGCGCAGGCUACCUAUCUGUGUAGAAAGAGUGUUUCUCUGUCCGGAAAAUCUACGGUCCAACCCCGGGUCUGUGAUGGGUUCCUCCUGAGUUCUGUCCCGUCCUUUCCUGUCUACGCUUGAGAUCGCAUGUAGGACUGAACCCGAGCAGAAGAUGACUUCUCUGGCGACUAGAGUUCUGCGCCGGAGUAUAACUACCUCGUCGCGACUCUGUGCCAAACCUGGGUAUUUCAUCUACAAACUCUUGGAAAAAGAAGCUUACGUCGAAAAGAGAGCAAAAUAUUGGGCCAAACGAGGACCUCAAAUAGCUCAUGUCGUCCCGCCGGAGAACUCCAGGAGACAGUCCGUUCUGAAUGCGUUGUACAUGGAGACUGUGACCGACAUACUGGGAUCCGAGUUCGCUACUGAACUCGAGCAAUACAGCAUACAAAUCCAUAAUGUUAGAAUCUUGCCGACUUUGGACGUCGUCAACGUCUAUUGGUCUUGUGAUGAGAGCGGCUUGGUUAAUCCGGAAGCUGCUAAAACAUUGAAAGACCUGGAGCCCAAGAUCCGCAGAGAGCUGAGCAGCGUGCGGCACAUGGGGAUCAUACCAAAAGUGAAUUUCGUGUUCUAUGCCGGCACCGCAAAGUCUUACUCCGUGCAUAGCAUCUUGGACAAGCUACGUGCGAGCGGCGAAUUGGAUGACGUGGAACCUGCUCCACUUCCUGUCAAGACAUAUCCUCAAGUGUACGGUCUGAAUCGGGAAAAAAUUCUCCAGCUCCUCGCAACGAGAUCACUUCCAGCAGAUUUCCUCUCGCCUACAGCUACCGAGAUCCCCUCAGACAGAACGACGCAGGACUUCGUGAGACAAUUCCGGAGGUCGAGGCUCGGUUUCAGAGAUGUUUCAAGGCGCCGCGGGGAGGCCGAACAGCUCGAGUUUGGAUUUCGGAGAGAGAAAGGGGAAGAAUCCGAUGACGAUUUCCACGAGGGAGAUGAGGAGGAGGACCAAUGGGAUGAUUCUGAAUGGUCAAACGAGCCGGCUGUAGAUGAUGAAGAUAUCCGGUAGCUCCUCCAUAUCAGACAGAAUGAGAUCGUCAAUAAAGUGAAUUUCUCGA